AACGGUACGACGUUGAAAUAGGUCCCAUCCGGUGACGCAGCUGCAGGAUGUUUUGGUGGGGGCAGGCUGAGUGACUGUUCCGCAGCAAACGCGACAUUUAUCAAAGCUUCCAUGGGAGUAGACGAGGCGGAGGUGCCGGUGGAUGCGGUGGGUAAGCGGGUGUCCUGCGGCGGGGAGCGGGCCACAGUGCGCUACUUUGGACCUGUACCCCCCACAGCAGGUCUGUGGCUGGGUGUGGAGUGGGACAACCCCGACAGAGGCAAACAUGACGGCAGCCACGAGGGAGUGCAGUAUUUCACGUGCAGACACCCCACAGGAGGCUCCUUCGUCCGUCCGGCAAAGGUGAGCUUUGGAGUGGACUAUCUGACCGCCGUGCGACAGGAGUACAAGAUCGACUCCGAGGAGGUGCUGAGUGAGGAGAUCUCCAUCUCCAAGAAGAAGCUCAAGUGGGGGAACAUCAAGGAGCGUGGUUUUGAGAGCCUUCCCUCAGUGCUGCUGAGCCGCUCUGACGUGAGCUGGUCUGGUGCUGAUGGGGAAAUCAGGACCACAACUCCCAAUGUGGAGUGGCUGGACCUGACUGGGACUCUGAUGUCGUGCUGGGAGGAUGUGGCCACCAUCAGCCAGCAGCUGGACAGACUGGAAGGACUGCAGCUCAGUUACAACAGACUCCGUUUGCCCCCUGACCCCUCGGCUCUACGCCACGCUUUCUCAGCCCUCAAAGUCGUUGUGCUCAACGGCUGCCAGCUCACCUGGCCACAGAUUCUGGAAUGCGCUCCCAUGUGGCCACAGCUGGAGGACCUGUGUGUGGAAGAAAACAGCAUCACAGAGCUGCAGAGGCCUGAGGGACUGCUGCAGUCGCUGAAGAGUCUGAGCUUGUCCAGUAAUCCUUUGGUGCAGGACAGCGUGCUCAGUUUAUCUGCUCUGCCCAGGCUGGAGCAGCUGAAUUUAUCCAAGACCGGACUGUCUGUCAUUCGGUUUGAAGAUGCUGCCCCCGGGUCUCACACAGCCGCGUAUGCAGCGCUGAAGAACCUCAACCUGGACCACAACAGCAUCACUGAGUGGUUUGUGGUGAACGAGCUGGCCAAACUUCCCAGUUUGGUCCGGCUUUCUUGCCGUGGCAACAAGCUGGUGAGCAGGGAUGGAAACCCGAAAACAGCCAAUCAGAUGCUGAUCGCUAAACUGGGACAGCUGGUUGUGCUGAACAGCUGCGAGAUUCACGCUGACGACAGGAGGGGAGCGGAGCUCGACUAUAUCAAGAUGUUUGGAGAGGAGUGGCUAAAGGCGGGUGGGCGGAGUCAGCCCAGCCCUCAGUUCAUCUGUGAACACCCUCGUUAUCAGGCCCUCAUCAGCAAGUAUGGCGCUCCUGAGGAAGGCGAGCUGAGGAAGCCGGAGCCUUUUGCCCUGAAAAAUCAGCUGUUAAAGAUUACCUUUGUGUUUCCGGACGAUGCUAACCGCAAACCACUGGAGAAGAAACUUCCAGCCUCCAUGGUUGUGCAGAAGGUGAAGGGCCUGCUGUACAGGCUGCUCAAGGUCCCUGCAGCAGAUCUGAGGCUCACCUACACCAGCCCCAAGAUGGUGGGGACAGAGUUCGAGAUCGACAGUGACCUGAAAACACUGCAGUUUUACUCCAUAGAGGAUGGAGACCAGGUGCUGGUGCGCUGGUCCUGACCCAGUCCAGGUCUUGAAGACCCACAGGAGGAACAGAGGAGAGACCUGUUGAAAUGAGAUGGAGACUCACAUGAGCUGCUUCUGUGCACAGCUGCACGCCACUGGAUUUGUUGAUGCCUCAUUUCAAACAUGGCAGACACGUUUUAUUUUUGUUGUGGUUCCUCUGACGCUGCAUCGUCCUCAGAGGAGGUGAGCAUUACAGGCAGAGAUGCAGACUGAACCAUGAAGUGUUAGUGUCUGGUCUGUAAAUGGAAACAGCAAAGCGAUGCUGAGAAAUCAGAGGACAAACACUGAGUGGAGUGUUUCAGUCAGGCUCAGUGUCAGCUGGUAAUAAACCACCAUGGUCCAGAUCGUUAUUAGUGUGAAUGCUGAUUAAACAUUGACAGUACUGAGA